AUGGCGUGGCAACCCCAGGACGAGCCCUUGCGACAGCUGGCGCAGUGUCUAAGGGACUCGCUGAGCGGACAUGAUGAGAAUGCGCGCAAGAACGCCGGCGAGAUGCUCAAAUCCGCCCAAAGUUCACCUGAUAUCGACAAGUACCUCGCAUACAUUUUCUCCAGCAGCCAACCCCCACCGGUCGUCAACAUGGACGCUGCCCAAUACUUCCAGACGCGAGCUGCGGCUGCCGUUAUGCUCAAGAACGACGUAAAGACGACAUACAAAUCCAUGCCCGACUCGACCAAAGACUACAUACGAUCAGUCAUACUUGUGGGAUUGCAGGAUUCUGCUUCACAAAUACGGGGCUAUGCAGGAAACGUCAUAACGGAGAUUGUGCGUCAGGGCACUAUCAUGGGAUGGCCCCAGAUUCUCUCAGAAUUGGUCGGCAUGGUCAGCAACGUCGACGGCAAUGUCUCGACACAGGCGCAAGAGGGCGCUAUGGGUGCUCUGCUAAAAAUCUGUGAGGACAACAGGAAGGCGCUGGACAGAGAAUAUCAAGGACAAAAGCCCCUCAACUUCGUAUUCCCAAAGCUGCUCGAACUCACAACAAGCCCUCAGCCUCGAGUCCGUGCCGACGCGUUGGCUGCUAUCAACGUAUUCGUUCCAGAGAAGCCUCAGGCUGUGGUUGCGAAUAUCGACAUGUUACUGAACCAACUCUUCAAAUUGGCUGCCGACCCUAGUGAAGACGUGCGGAAACACGUCUGCCGAACCUUUGUCCACAUCGCCGAUAUCGCCCCUCAGAUGAUAAUACCACAUAUGAGCGGUCUUGUUGAUUUUAUGGUGUCACAGCAGCGUACGGAGAACAACGCGGAUCUUGCUUUGGAUGCGGCCGAGUUCUGGUUAUGCGCCAGUGAAGACGAGAAUAUGCGGGAUCACCUCGGACCGUAUCUGGCCAAGAUAAUACCUGUCUUGCUAUCGAGCAUGGUGUACAGCGAGGAUGAGAUACUGCGUCUAGAAGGCGAAGAGGAAGAUUAUGAGGUCGAUGAUCGGGAGCAAGACAUCAAACCUACUUUCGCGUCAAGUAAGACUGGAAGACUUACCACCAACGCAAACGGCGAGACGGUCCCAGCCGCCAACGGAUCAGCCGGAGCCUCAGCGGAUGAUGAUGAUCUCAGCGAGGGCGAGAUUGACGACUUUGACGACGACGAUGAAUUUGGCGACCCUGAGGAGCAGUGGAAUCUGCGAAAGUGCUCCGCCGCAGCCCUUGAUGUCCUCGCAUCAGUCUUCCACGAAGCUGUGUUCCAGGCGACUCUCCCGUACUUGACAGACAACCUCAACCAUGCAGAGUGGCCCAACCGAGAAUCUGCAGUUUUGGCUCUUGGCGCAAUUGCGGAUGGCUGCAUGUCAGUCGUUGAGCCGCAUCUCCCCAUGCUUACCCCGUUCCUUAUAACCCUAUUGAAUGACCCAAAGCCUGUUGUUCGCCAGAUCACAUGCUGGACACUUGGGCGUUACUCCGGAUGGGCGGCUCAUCUCGACGCGGCUGGCAAGAAACAAUUCUUUGAGCCAGUCAUGGAGGGCAUCUUGAUGAAAAUGCUUGACAAAAACAAACGCGUUCAGGAAGCUGCAGCAUCAGCCUUUGCAAAUCUCGAGGAGAAGGCCAACACAGAGCUUGAAGAGUAUUGUGCCGUCAUUGUUCGGCAAUUUGUGCAGUGCUUCCAACUGUACAAGGACCGGAAUAUGUUCAUUCUUUACGACUGUGUUCAAACGCUGGCUGAGCAUGUGGGACCUACGCUGGCAAAGGAUGAACUCGUUCAAACACUCAUGCCCGCGCUCAUCCAACGAUGGAGCAAAGUGUCAGACCAAUCAAGGGAGAUGUUCCCGCUGUUGGAGUGCCUCUCAUACGUGGCUACAGCUCUAGGACCCAAGUUCGCGCCCUAUGCAGCUGGCAUAUUUGCGAGAUGCAUGAAGAUCAUUCACCGCAACCUCGAGGAAGGUGUUAUGGCGUCUGAAAUCCAAGGUUUCGAGCCUCCAGACAAGGACUUUUUGGUGACGAGCUUGGACUUACUCAGCGCUAUCAUCCAAGCCCUGAGCUCCCAGGACAGCGCAACACUGGUUACACAAGCACCAAACUUCUUCGAGCUACUAGUCGUCUGUAUGCGAGACCAGAACAACGACGUGCGACAGUCAGCCUACGCGCUCCUUGGAGACUGCGCCAUCUACGUCUUCCAACAACUUCAGCCCCAUCUACAACCCAUUCUCAGGACUCUCAUUACACAGCUAGAAGUUUCUCAGAUAGAUUCCACUAGCCUGGCCACUGGAUACUCUGUCAUUAACAAUGCCUGCUGGUCUGUCGGCGAGAUUGCCAUGUGUGAAGGAGAAGGCAUGCAGCCCUACGUUGAGGAGUUAUUACAAAAACUGGGCAACAUCUUGUUUGACGAGCGAGUUCCAGAGUCUUUGAACGAGAACGCAGCCAUCGCUCUUGGUCGCCUAGGUCUCGGAUGCGCGCCCUUACUCGCCCCACAUCUUGCUCAAAUCGCUCCUCCUUUCCUCCGUGCUAUCAGGAAGGUCCAGUGGACGGACGAGAAAUGCCAUGCCCUCACCGGCUUCAUGUUGAUUGUGUUGGCCAACCCCGGCGCUAUGGAGCAAUCGCUUCUCGAGUUCUUCAGCGAUAUGUCAAUGGCCGAUCGUAAUAUUGUGCGAGGUCCUACUGCAGGAGCACAGGUCAAUGAGACGUUCCAAAAGGUCAUCCAAAAAUACAAAACUAUGAUCGGCAACUUCGACGCCUUCCUCGGAGGCCUUCCUGCAGAUCAGCAAGCGCGCUUCCGGGAAUUGUACUCCAUUUGA